AUGAGCGAAGUGAUAUUCCUCACCUUUGGAGAGCUCACACCCAUUGGAGAGCUCACACUCAUUGGAGAGCUUCACCCCCUUUGGAGGCCUUGCCCCCUUCAUCACUUGGUCGACCCCCCCUUUGCACAGGAAGAACCAGCAUACAGCAUUCUAGAUUACAUCAGCCUCUCAUUACCCCUACUGAGCACAUGGAUUACUGCUGAUGUUCAAGAAGCCUUUUACAAGGCAUUCCAAAUGGAACUUGACAUGCAAUUGGAGCUGAUGAUGAAGUCCCUUGCUACUCGGUGCAGCAAUGCCAAUCUAUGCAAUCAUGGGUUGGAUCUGCUCAUCUUACAGGCCAAGAUGUGCCGUGCCCAAACUGAGAUAACGCUGUAUACCCUAGCCCUUGAGAACACCCACACAUUCGAUUUCUCUGACCAAGACUCGUCCAGCCAAGGCUUGGCAAGAUCUCUUCGUUCUGCGGGUCAUAUAGACAAUGAAAGUGAUGCACAACAUCCUACCAAGGCUACCGCUGUCCAAUCUCGCAAACCUGCAGCUUACUGGACUAAGCAAGAAGAAGAAUCUUUCCUUCAAUUCUUAUCUGAACAGAAGUCAAUCACUGGCGAUGGUAACUUCAAAACAAAGACCUUCAAUGAUGCUUCCAAUCAUCUCAAGGAAAAAUUCCCAAAGCAGAAGGGUGCUGAGAAGACACGCUCAGUUUGCAAUUCAAAAUGGACAAAUCUCAAAUCUGCCUACACCGCUGUUGUGGAAAUUAAGAGGGCUUCUGGAUUUACUUGGACUGAUGAUCAUGGCCUGGAAUUACUCUGGAGAGUGAAGAGUGCAUGGGCAGCUUUUGUAAAGGGUCGUGCAGCGGCAAAGCCAUUCAAGAACAAGGGCCUUCCCUUACUUUGA